UUGGAUCUGACGCUUCGAGUAUCUAACAGAAGGACGCAAUCAAAGAACGUUUCAGCCAGCGCCGACCAAUGGCGAUGAGCUUUCUCUCGCCGUCUUAAGAGACGCGCAGUGAUGUAGGAAAGUAGGAAUCAUUUGGCCGCCUGCAUCGAUGAAACAAUUUCAGUUUUGUCAAGGAUCGGAAACUCGUAUGAUCUCGGCGGAGUGGAAAGUGGACAUAGUGGUUGCGUGACGGUAAACAACGUGAUCGUGCGUCGCUUAUUCGUAUUAUACUUCCGGAGCAGCACGUUUCGCAGCCGAAAGCCUGCGUAUAUGUACGGAAAUAUGCGCGAACGAGAAGAAUUUUGUCGAACUUAUCCACCGGGACAGGCGAUCCAGGCACCGACAACACGAGCUCUGGGCCUUGAUGCGCUCCACAGUCUUUGUAAGGAGAUUUAUCCAGAUCAAAGCAACCCGCUCACUGUCACCGCAGUCGUCAAAUACUGGUUGGGUGGUCCGGAUCCCCUCGACUAUAUUAGUAUGUACGAAAAUCCUGGCUAUCCUGAAUUAGGUGUACCCCCGCACUGGCAUUAUAUCAGUUUAGGCUUAUCGGAUCUACAUGGAGACGGAAGAAUACAUCCAAAAAGUGGCCCUGGCCGCCCAAGCGGCUUCGGAUUCGAACUGACCUUCAGAUUAGUCAGAGAAAGAAAUGAGAUGACUCCCCCAACUUGGCCGGCAAAUGUAAUGCAGCAGUUAGCAAAAUACGUUUUCAAUUCUGGUAAUAUGUUGCUGCCCGGCGAUCAUGUCUCAUGGCAUGCACCUCUUGACAACGGCAACGGUCGCAUUACGCAGAUCCUAAUGGGCAGGGAUCCACAAUUACCAACGUCCAUAUCGACGCCACAUGGUGAUGUUUCAUUUGUUCAAAUUGUAGGAGUCACGUCUGAAGAAUUACAAGCUGCACAACACUGGAACGGCCUUGGCCUUGUAAAUUUAUUGAAGUCUAGUCGUGGCUGUGGUCCAUGGUUAGUGACAAACAUGAAAAGAGUCCAUUCUGUUAUGGAAGACGAUCCUUCCAUAGCGGAAAAGAUUCAAACCGGUAUCGAGAAAGAAGGUUCUAAUCUAAGUGGCGUAUCUGCGAAGUGCUGGUGGGUUCAAGUGAACAGUGAUAGGAGUACAGAAAGAUAUAGAGAGACGAAGAAUGAAUCUGAUGACGAAGAUGAAGACAUAAAACCCAUUAUAAAAUCAGAAAGACUGUCCCCGUGCGAACAAGAUGAAAAUCUGUCUAACGAAAGUUUUAUCAGAGUUCUACCAGGCCUUCAUUUAACUUUUAAUCUUGAAGCUGGAUCAUUGUUACCAUUAGCAAUAAAGGGUCGUGUGAUGCACGGAAGGCAUUUUACAUUUAAAUCCAUAUUGUCUCACACGGCAAUAACGAUAGUCGCACCUUCGGUCACUGGUACUCUGGUCUCAAGGGAGAAACCAUACGUAGUUCAGGGCCCAUGGUUACAAGUUCUACUUCCAGAAGAUUUAUCUGAGAAGAUGGCCCAGGAGUUUCAAAUUCUGAAUUCGUUACAUCAGGUCCAGUUGCCAAAAACAUUUUCUUGGCCUGAACAUAACCUGUUUAUUACAAUCGUGAACGACUGAAAUCGAAGUUAGAACGCCGACCAAAAAGCGAAGUUAAAUCGAGUUAGGAUAAAUUAACGUAAGCAAAGUAUUAUCUAAUUUUGUUAUAAAACGAGCUUCUACGAAAUUAUUUAUAAUCGAAUUGUGUUUAUACGAUCGUCGAGCAAACAGAACCAUGAGACUUCACGUAUCAAUAUGUAGAAGGCGAGGCAAAGCAUAACGAUUAUAUAUUGAUUUAACGACGAGAAAUUAAAUAUAAAGUAUAUAUAUUUUGCUACAUAACUGUUUUACAUGCCUCUUACUCUUACAAGUUGAUACCUGUCAAAGAUUAAUAUUUAAUCUUGUACAUAAUAAAACACGAAUUAUAAUGUGUAAUUUUGUAUUUGACAUACGAGUUUACACAUCGUUACUUUACACGGAAUAUUUUUGUAAAUAGAUAAUUUUGAAAUCCUGACAUCGGCCGUCAGGAUUUUAUACCAAUUUUUACGAACGGACAAGAGAUGUAUGAUACAACGAUAAAUAUAAGGAAUAAUAUUUAUAAGGAAAUACAUUUUAUUUUCUACAGUU